UCUUUCAAUCUCUUUUAAAACCAUUUCAAAGUUCAAAACUUUCCUGUUUUUCUCACAAACCCCAUCAAAUUUCUUCAAAAUCUUGGGGAUUUGGUUAAUUCAAAACCCAGAAAGUUAAGAACAGACAAUGAUUCUUGAACUAAACAGGUGCAUCAGCAGCAGCCUGUUGAAAUUUCACUCUGUUUUCGACCAAAAAAGCAUCGGAUCUUCCACAUUUAUUUGAAGUGGGUAAAGAAUGGGGAGUGGUUCGCUUCCACCAGGGUUCAGAUUUCACCCAAGAGAUGAAGAAUUGGUGGGUUAUUAUCUCAAAAGGAAAGUUGAAGGACUUCCAAUUGAGCUUGAAGUGAUUCCUGUCAUUGAUUUGUACAAAUUUGAUCCUUGGGAGCUUCCAGAGAAAUCUUUUCUUCCCAAACGAGAUAUGGAGUGGUUUUUCUUCUGUCCCCGAGAUCGAAAAUACCCGAAUGGAUCGAGAACGAAUAGAGCUACCAAAGCUGGCUACUGGAAAGCCACUGGAAAAGACAAGAAGAUCAACUGCCAAUUUUCUGUGAUGGGAUACCGAAAGACACUCGUUUUUCAUCGCGGCCGAGCACCGUCAGGUGAUCGAAUGGAUUGGGUCAUGCACGAGUAUCGACUUUGCGACGAGUUCUCUCAUGGAACUCCUAAUUUUAAGGGCGCUUUUGCUUUGUGUCGUAUUGUGAAAAAGAAUGAUAAUCCUCGAGAACCGAAGGGUAAUGUUGUUGGGAACGGUCGAGAUAGUGAAGAUUCUACGUCAACGAAACUAGUCGUUUCGAAUGAAUUUUCAAAUAUUUCAAAAGACGAUUCGUCUCAGACCAAUUUUCUCACAGACGAGAGUCGUUUGUCGAGCCCGAUGACGAGUUCCUAUGACACGAACAUGAUGUCUUGGUGUAACAUGUCGAUUAUGGAGACAAAUCGAGAAAAAGUAUGGAUCUCACCUGAUUUGAUCCUCGACUCAUCCAAGCAGGAUUAUACUGAAAUGCAAGGAGCUAUGUCUAUAUGCUUUCCUCGGUUAUAUUAUUCGGGUUCAACGAUACCGUGGUCGCCGUACGAGUACUCGAACUAUACAGGCAACGACAUUGAGUUUGAAGACAAUCUCAAUCAAAUUGGUGGUUGCAUACCACCAUAUUCAACACAUCUAAACCGGUAUCCAAAUUGCUUAUAAAGAAAAAUGACAACAAAGAUCAUCUAGACUUUUGUCGAUGCAAGGUCGAAAAUUUCGAUGGGGUCCCGAAGCCAACGCCUUUUAAUGUCGGUCUUCGAUUCAGGAAUAAAACGAGUGUCAUAUAUUCUAUAAAAGUAUAAGUAU